AGUAUUUUUUCAAUCUUUUUUACUUACAAAUAUGCGUGUUAAAAAUUUAUUUUCCGUGGCAACUGGAGCGUUUCUAGUAUUUCUAUCACUCCUAGCUUGCUCUAUAGUGUUAGCAGAAGAAUCCGACGUUAUUUCUUUAACAAAAGAUACCUUUAAAACAAUUGUUGAACCAGAAAAGCUUAUCCUUAUUGAAUUUUUUGCACCAUGGUGUGGACAUUGUAAAGCUUUAGCACCCGAAUAUGAAGAGGCCGCCACAGCUUUAAAAGCUGAAAAUAUUAAGCUUGCUAAAGUUGACUGUACAGCGGAAACAGAACUUUGUGCCGAACAUGAGAUUAAAGGCUAUCCCACUCUUAAAGUAUUCAAGGAUGGUAAAGCUUCAGAGUAUAACGGCGGCAGGAAAGCUAACCUUAUUAUCAGUUACAUGAAAAAACAAGCUUUGCCUGCAAGAACUGCUGUAAACAUUGAGAAUUUUGACACAUUCAAGGAUUCUGAUGAUAAAGUUGUUAUUGGUUUCUUUAAUGCUGAUGAUCAAAAAGAAUUCAAUAUCUUCUCACAAAUAUCCGAGGAAUUACGUGAUGAUUUUGUCUUUGGUGAAACUGGUCAAAAAGAAGUAAUAACUAAAGCCGAAGUCAAGCCACCCGCUGUUAUUCUUUACAAGAAAUUUGAUGAAGGAAAGAAUGUGUUGGAAGGCACAUUUACCAAAGAGGAACUUACUUCUUUUAUUAAGAAAAAUGCUUUACCCUUAUUGGCAGAAAUUGGACAAGAUAAUUAUGCUUCAUAUGUUGAUUCUGGUUUACCUCUUGCGUUCAUCUUUUAUGAUGACGAUGAACAACGAACUGAUCUCGGCAAAGAGAUUGAACCUGUCGCUAAAGAAUUUAAGGGAAAAGUUAACUUUGUAUUUAUUGACGCGACUAAAUUUGGUCAACAUGCUGAUAAUAUCAAUUUGAAACAAACAUGGCCCGCUUUUGGUAUUUCAUUACCCGAUGAAAAUUUGAAAUAUCCAUUUAAUCAAAGCAAAGAAAUCACUACCGAAUCUAUUAGAGAUUUCGUCGAUAAAUUUGUUAAGGGAGAAAUUACUCCAAGCAUAAAAUCCGAGCCAAUUCCUGAGAAAAAUGACGAUUCUGUUUUUGUGUUGGUUGCUGACAACUUUGAAAGUGUUGUAUUCAAUGACACCAAGGAUGUCUUAGUUGAGUUCUAUGCUCCAUGGUGUGGACAUUGCAAGAAGCUUGCACCUACUUACGAAAAAUUGGGAGAAGUUUACAAAAAUGUGAAGGAUAAGAUCCUUGUCGCCAAGAUGGAUAGUACUGAAAAUGAUCUUCCUCCUAAAGCCAAAUUCCAAAUUGCUGGAUUUCCAACGAUCAAACUUUUCAAAGCUGGGGAUAAUGAAAUUGUAGAUUAUUCAGGGGAUAGAAGUUACGAAAGCCUUGUUGAAUUCUUGGAUAAGAACGCACAUAACAAAGUUGAUCUUGAAUCUUCCACUCCAGAGCCAUCAUCAUCAAAAGAACCGGCUCCAACAACUACUGCUGUAAAAGACAAGCAUGAAGAAUUAUAAUUAUCGAUUUUACUUUUGUUAUUUUUUUUAAAAGAAGGAAAAAAAAAAAAAUUAUAUAUACAUAUAUAGUAUUUAUUUGCAUAUCAUAAAAAGUUAAAUAAAUGAUCGCGAUCGUAUCACAUCGACAUUAAUAAAUAAAUUACACAACGAAGGUUGUUGACACAAAGUUUGCCA